AGAGAUAGCAGUUUAGGAACAAUGUAAUGUAGUGUAGAAAGAUAGAAAACGCGAGUGUAGGAUGGAUAUAGAGAUAGAAGACUGGUUUGCAUUUACGAAUUCAUUUAUUAUUCAUUCAGUGUCACAAUGUUGUGAAAGUAUGAACGUUCUCAUUUUAGAAAAAAGGUGUUUACGGUUUAAAGUCGACGGUUUUGGUGGUGAAAUAUUGAUAAACACAACUUUCUUAUUUCAACUUGUAACUGCACUAUGUAACCAGUUUCGCUGUUAUUUUUAUUGAUAAAUGAUCAGAAAAUUGCAAUCGAAGUGAAUUAAUUGUUACUUGCCGAAAUAAUAAGUAUUUAAUGCAGUUCUGAAAAUCUCCCACAAUGGAUUCCGGAAGAAUGUACGAUUCGCAAGUUCAAAAUGAAACACCCUCAGAUGAGUUCGUGCUCCAUCCCAGAUUUCCAAGCUUACAAGAGAUGGCCUACUGCGAAAUAGCCAUUGCAGUUUGGUAUAGAUACUGUUCGACUCCUAGCCAACGACAACACUAUGAUGUAUAUGAUCCUGACGAUUGGUCGACUAUGAAACUAGAACUAAUGGAUUGCCAUAAACUGAUAAAAACUUUGGCGAUGCCUCGAUUCAUGAAAGAAAACUUGAAAAAAUAUGUAAAGAGAGUUCGCCAACAAACAAUUGGUUGCACUGAAUACUUCAGAGAUUUAUUGUUUACAACAGAUUUUCUCGUAAACAAGUACGGCGGAUUGCCUUUAGUUGAUUGGGAGUACAUUGUAUGGUAUCCAGAUGGUGGAAUCAAUUAUAAAAGCACUGCUAUCAAAAUACUUCAUUCGGGCGUGUUGACUGAGGUGCAGAAGUUCGCCAUCGUGAGCUAUUUCUGCCUGGAAAGUGAGAUGAAAAGCUUCAAUCUAAAUCGCCGUCCCAUGAAAACCUUUAUCUCAGAAGUAAUUGGAGACUAUGAUCCGUUAUUGUUGUACUGGAUCUACUACCUGAAGAACGAAUCACACAGAAUUUCACCAGUCUCAUUCCUUCGUUCAUAUGGUAACUACUUGCAAGCGGAUGGGUUUGAGUAUUUCUUGAAUCGUUUGAGUGCUGAAGAUCAAGUAUCCUUUCUAAGUGGCAGAUUACCUACAUUCCAGGGUUCUUACUGGUAUGAUAGUUUGUUUUACAAGAUGUCUCAUGAUCAAUUAACAAAUUUACUGUUUCGUCAACCAGUUGGUAUGAUAUUAGUUUUUAUGGAAAAAAUAGAAAUGCCCGAGUGGGCAAUUAUCGCUUGGAAGCGGUGUAAAAAUUGGAUAUCUGAUGAGCAAUUUGUCGAGCUGUUGCAAAGACUAUUUGACCGAUUUCACAUUACGCGUAUCCAUCGUCAAGAAGACAAAAUGAGUGUUUUAUUGGAAAUCUGGAAUACGGCCAACGAUCACCAUAAGAAUUAUGCAGCGAGACAGGCAAGAUUAGGAAAAGCUGUCGUUAGUCGUCUACUGUCAGGAAAUCCUUUUAAAUAUUCUUUUCCAUCAGAUGAUGCACAUCUCUGGAAAAGACUAGCACCGAGUAGUUUCAAGUUUCUACUGAAAUUUUUAUCUUUGAAAAGCGCGUAUUAUCGAAAAUGUCUGAUUUUCCAAGGUGAUCUCUCAUUUAUAUUCAAUUUUGAUUUCAACGUGGUACGCGAAAUACUUGAGUUAUGCUUGCCAAACUUCCAAGGUGAGGUGGAAUUCAAAAAUCAACGGAGUAAAGACAUAAUUCGUCCUUAUUUCUGUAUAAUUUUAUACACCGAAGAUCACGAUGAAUUGAAUAGAAGAUUGUUGUGUUCCUUUCAAAACUUGAAUAUUCCUUUGAAAGAUACACUAGAAAAAUUCAUCGAGUUAUUGAUAACAGCCAAUAAAAGAGAAUACAAAACUCAUUACCCCUAUAAUGGCAAUGAUGAAUCUGAUAUGAUGAGAUUGGGUAUAUUCAUCACCAAAAUUCUUCAAGAAGAUGUGUCUACAGUAUUGAAAAUGAAAGAAUCGUACUUUUCGUCAUUCAUUUCUGGCACCAGUGAUCCGUAUGAACGCUACGGUAGUUUGAACGAAUUGAGCAAACUAAUUGAGCAGGAGUUUGUCCAUGAACAUCUGCAUGAGUUGAAAAGCCGAUUAGCCGAAAAACUCAAAAUAACAAGUGUUGAACGAUGGGUUUGGAUUGUGCGUAAUUAUCAAAGUUUCAAACGUGUUUUUUCAUGGUGCUUUGAAAAUGAUGAAGAAAUGUCUCGGCAAGUUAAACGUUGUAUACCAAUUAACAAUAUUAGUGUUGAGGUUUUUAAUAGAAUAGCGCAGCGAAUCGCGUCUUUCACUAACUUGAAGAGAUUUCUGGAGUGGUAUUUCUCCGGUGUAGAGGAAGAAUUGAUAUCUUUUAAAUUAGGUUUAAUAAAUUAUCCUGAAACUGCUAAAAUAUUAGAAGAGAUACAGAAAUUGGACAGGCAGAUUUGUAGAAAUUUUUUGCAGUGGAUUGGCCACCCUGUUGAUCGCCGUGCUAAAAGAGGUACCUAUGGCGUCGUAUCUUUUUUAUUAUUUAUUUUUUUUGCUGUUUUUUCCGUAAUAUAUGUCCACCUUUAAGCAUGCUUGUAGCUUGUAAGUAUAUGUAUGUUCUGUGAUACAAGGCGUUUCAAUUUGUUAAACAUCUACGUAUGUAUUUGUAAAAUUCUAAUUUCAAAAGCAUCUAUGUAAUUUGUAGUUCAAAAUGACAA